AUGAAUGAUGAUGCAGUGAUGCUGGCACUAAUAGCGAUAGAAUUCCGAGGGUCACCAUGGAGACCGAAAGGCAUGUGCCUGAUCGAAUGCGCUCUGCGUGUUCCGGUACUAUUGCCUCUGGCACCAGAUGCCUUGGUGCCACUUACUGCCCUACGUGAUCCACGUGCACGCCUUGAUGCUUUAUCACUGUCAUGUUGGCGCUGGUCAUCGUUUUAA